GAACUGGAAGAAACAAGCUAAAAGAAAUAGAUUUGGUGAGUUCUUUGUUUAGGAGAGAUUUAAUAACAGAGAAAAUGGCUGACAGACGCACAUUUCUCAAAAGAUACCUGCGUUGCAAUCGGUGUUUAAAGAUUUUCAGAGAUCCUGUAACUCUGGGCUGCAACCACAGCUUCUGUUUAAGCUGCCUGGAAACAUUCUGGGAACAAGAAAAACACAGAAAUUGUCCCGCUUGUAAAAGAAAAUCCUCAAAAGAAGAUACUGAAGUCAACAAUGCUCUGAAGGAACUGGCCGAUUCUUUUGCUGGGAGACAGAAAACAGAAUCAUUUAGGAGAGAAAAACAGGAGAAGGGAUGUGAUGGGAUGCUUGUCUGCGAACACAGUAACGACCCCCAGUUGUUCUGUGUGGACGAACAGAGGGCUGUGUGUCCUGUCUGUGACUUUCCUCACCAGCAGAGUCAUGAAGUGAUUUCUGUAGAAGAAGCAGUCAGUGUCCUGAAGGAGCAGCUGAAAUCUGACCUAAAGUCUCUGCAGGACAAGAGGAACAAAUACAAACAAGUGGAGGAAACAUACAAUGAAGUGAUUCAACACUCCAAGAAGCAGCUGUUGUCCACAGAGAGGCAGAUCAGAGCAGAGUUCAACAAGCUCCACCAGGUCCUGAAAGAGGAAGAGGAGUCCAGACUGGCAGCUCUGAGGGAGGAAGAGGAGCAGAAGGGGAGGACUAUCAGCAGAGAGAUGAAGAUGAUUGAGGAGCAGAUCUCCUCUCUGUCAGACAGCAUCUCUGCUGUUGAAGAAGAGCUGCAGAAACACAGCGUGCCAUUCCUCAGCAGUUAUAAAGACACUCAGAGCAGAGCCAGAGCCCAGAGCUCAGUGUCAGAUCCACAGCUGGUCUCAGGAGCACUGAUAGAUGUGGCCAAACACCUGGGCAACCUGUCCUUCAGAGUGUGGGAGAAGAUGAAGGAGAAGGUCCACUUCAGUCCUGUCAUUCUGGACCCAAACACUGCAAAUGCCUGUCUCUAUCUGUCUGAUGAUCUGACCAGUGUGAGGAAUGGAGACACAGAGCAGCAGCUUCCUGAUAAUCCAGAGAGAAACACAAAUUAUGCCAAUAUUUUUGGCUCUGAGGGCUUCAGCUCAGGGAAACACAGCUGGGAGGUGGAGGUGGGAGACCAUCCUAGUUGGAAUAUAGGUUUAAUUAAAGCAUCAGCUGACAGGAAAGGAGAAUAUCCUGUUUCACCAAAAAAUGGAAUCUGGUGUUUAGUUCAUCGCAGCGAAAAAUAUAAUAAUGGUGAUGGUCAGACUGUCAAUGUGAAUCAACAUCUCCAGAGGAUCAGGAUCCAGCUGGACUAUGACAGGGGGGAGGUGUCCUUCUAUGACCCUGAAGACAUGACUCACAUCUACACUCACAGAGACACUUUCACUGAGAAACUCUUGCCAUACUUUUGUAUUUUUAAUGUUGAUGAUGAAAAGACUUCAGAUAUCAAAAUCUGUGAAACUAAGGCUAAUUGUAAAGAUUGCAGCUGUGAGUGAUUUAUUAAGCUGUCAU